CGCAGCCCCUGCAUCUCCUUUACCCCCAUCAACCAUGGGCGCUACUCCGUCGAAGAAUUAUAUCGUUGCUACCGAUGACACAAAUCGCGUUCUCGUCAGUAGACAUGGAGCUGGUGACUACAAUAACAUUCUCCGUAUUCUUCAAAAACGUUUCCCAAGAAUUCCCAAGGAGUCGAUGGUAAUCCAAACCAAUGAAAUGGACAUUUGCGCUGGAGAGUAUGUCGAUAUUCCAGAUGAUCUAUGGCCGGAGUGUUUUAUGCGACCUCCUCCCAGUCAAUCAAUGAAGAUUUAUAUUAAAACAUUGACCGGAAAAACGAUCACGUUGUUCGUGGAACCGUCUGCACUGGUCUCCGACUUGGCAGAAAAGAUACAAGACAAGGAAGGUAUACCCCUUAAUCAACAACGUUUUAUCUUUACCGGAAAAAACAUCGAAUUCGAGCGUCGGAUCUCCGAUUAUAACAUUGGACACGAGUCUACUGUCCAUCUUGUUCUAAAAUUGCGGGGCGAGAGGCCGGUCGUAUACCUAUUCACUCCUCUUCCGUUAAAUGCUGUUGUCCAAUUAUCGCUCACCAAAGACUGGUCAUUCUCUGCCACAUACCCGAGUGUCCCCAUCAAGUCCUCCGAGUCUGGACAAUUCAUUACAUGGAACGUCAGUACUCAUGACGAUAAUACCAUGACCGAUAUGGCUACCGGUGCACGAGUAUCUUAUUUGUUUUGGGAAGCAGAGACGAACCCUAGUCUACUGCCCUCGCCUCCAACGUCUCUCCUGGGCGCAGCCGAUUCCGAUCGUACCCUCCCGUUCAACCCAUUAAUGGCUGAGCUCACCGACAGCGACUCAGUCGUCCUUCCCACAUCAGAAACUGCGCCCUACCUCGACAAAGCAUUGACCGCUCUCGGUCUCCAUGUCGAAGCAAGGACCUCGUUCAUCACGUACUGGCUUCCGUCGAUUUUGAAACACGAAUUCGUAGCACUUCGUUUCCUCCCUCAAACUUCGUACGAGCAUGCCGCCCCCCUCGAUAUCGAGCCGGAGCCAGAUGUCGUCACCCGCGUAUUCAUGCUCUUCAAGAGGGUUUGCAAGGAUGAGUUAGACGAGUGGGAGGGUGCGCUCUCACGCGCAUCUGAGCAGGUUGAAUUUUGGAGGGGUAUUAUUGGUGUGGACUGCGAUAUGAUGGAAGACGAAGCGCUCUUCAGAGUACUGGAAUGGGGAGGUAUGGAGGUAAAGAAUUGAUCGAGGGACAUACUUCCCGCCUGCUUUUGUGAGAUUGACCGUUAAAUAUUGUGAUUUGUAUAUUCAUCCUUGGGACCUGUUGCUGUACCAUGUAUACGAUUGUGACAACAUAUUCACGUAAACGAGAUACCGUAGCACGUGAAGUAUCAAGCCUUCCGCGUGUAUUCUAUUCUGUUAGGACCUAUCAAUCCUACUCUCAACGAUUCGCUGCAGAAGAGGAGUACAAAAUGUCCAUGUGAAAGAUCCAUAACUAAAACAGCUUCGUAUGGAAUAACAAAAAUCGAACUAUCAUGUUCUAAAGAAUACCCAAAAGACCAGAAACCACGCCUAAGAGGGGUCCCGCUAUACCCGUGAGCCUAUCCGAG